AUGGUAAAGUCAUACUUAGCGGGGGAGCAGACAAGCUGGGAUCAGCACCUUGGCAGUCUCGCUGGUGCUUACAGAGCUGCACCCCAUGAGGCGACAGGCUUCUCUCCAAACAUGAUGGUCUCGGGUCAAGAAGUCCGUCUGCCAGCUGAUCUCGUGUAUGUCAGUCCUUCCCCCAAUGCCAUAUCAGAGCAACAAGCCGGCUACAUUGGACAACUUCGAGAAAGGCUUGUCCGUGUCCAUGAAAUUGCCAGAAACGACGUAAAACAAAGAGCAAAGCGCAGCAAGGCAGUGUACGACCAGAAGGCUUCACUCCAAGAAUAUAAAGUGGGCGACCCAGUGUGGUGUUUGAACGAAAGUCGUAAAGUUGGAUCUUGUCCUAAACUCGAGCAAACCUAUGAGGGACCUAUGCUUAUUAAAGAAAAGAGAUCCGCAAUUAACUUCAUGAUACAAAUUGACAGAGAUGGUCAUAAUAGACUUGUGCAUCAUGAUAAAUUGAAGCCGUACAGAGGAUAUGGAGACAGCAAAGAAACCAAGGUGCAGUACCGCUGCAAAAAAUGUCAGAGGACCGACAGAAAGGGAAGACUUGUGGGCCAUUUUUUCAAAUACCAUGUUACUUUUGACCAAGUACCUUACACAUGCAGCCUCUGCAGCUUCAGAUGUCAGACACAGCAGCACCUUCUGGAUCACGUUACAAAAUACGCACCCCAUGUUAAGGAGGCGAAGAUGAGGGGCGUAACGGAUUUACGUCGAUAUCUGAAUAAAUCAGAUAACCCUUACAUUGUCUCCGAGUUGGACAUUGAACGUUUGGGAGACCCUGUAUCGGAGCCACAUGCGGACGAAGCAGAAGAAGGGUGGUUUGAUGUCCCAGAAGAAAAUCCAAUACUACCUGAUUGGCUUACGACUACUCAGGCGCCUAAACUCCAGUCACCAGUCACUGCCGCGCCGACGGUUCUGAACAUGUUCAGGCAUCAACCCUAUGUGCCCAACCAUCUGCCGCUUCCGCUUCAAGACAUCUCGAAUGGCUGGUUCAUUCAGAACCAUAUUACUAAUGAAGUCCCGUUCUACAGGCCUACACCGAAGGCAGCAGGUCAGGCCCAGCUAUUCCAGCCUGCGAAGACUCCAAAUUCUACUGCAGGAGCCAAGUUCGUCAUGUCGGUUGUGACACCCGGAACACCCAUCCAGGAUGAGAUCGUCCUGCAACUGGAUGACACCUCAAGCUUAGAUUUCCUUGAUGAAGAGCCUCUGGAGUUGCUGGCGCAAAAGGUGUGUAGUGGGUCAACUACGGCUAAAGGGGUAGAUCCCGAGGUUCAGCCUACUCCAGCAAAGAAGGUCAGACAAUCAGCGUCUCCCACUAGAUCCCUUCCGAAAGUCCCCGAGGAGCGUGUUGAAACAGCAGUGCCAACGUCUCUUAUCCUGGGGAACAUCCAAAAACUAACCUCGGAUAUGGCUGCAGGUGUAGAAAGGAUUGUGACAGAAAUGAGCCGCCAUACCCGGUUGUUGGAGAGGCAGAGCGACUUGCUGCACAGAGUAACCACGGCCGUGCUCCAGAUACUCGGUAAAUUUGGGAAAGUGCUGAGCGUGAAAAAGGAAAAUGCACUCUUGAUCAAAGCGUGUGGUCUAACAUUGCACUGCUGUAAAAAUUCAGUUGUUAAAGUUUCUCUUAAGGGCUUGACUGACAGGUUAAAAAAGUGGUUUAAGGCUAACUGGCCUGAACUUGACGAUUUUGGAACUGCUGUUGUGUCAGAAAAGUCAGAAAAGUACAAAAAAGUGGGGGAAUUACUGAUAAAGGAAUUUAAGUCGCAAGACAGUCCUCCCAGAGGUUACACACGAUCUCAAAAUACCAAAGGUUUUGCUAGCCAGUUAGACCCAAACCACGGUCUUUUCAUCCUAGUGGACGAGACAGUUAUUAAAAGUUUUGGUAGCGAUAUGGAGUUUCGAGCUGAACUACAUAAUAAAAUAGCCUUCGAAAUGUCUACAGCUAGAGUAAAAUCUCACUUGGAGAGAAUAAUGAAUGAGUCCCCGAAUGGCCAGACGUUACAACCAAACGAGUCUAUGCAUGAGAAAACAAACCAUUUAGAGGCGCAAACGGACCAGGAUGCGUCUAAUGCGGAUACUGGAAAAACUAGUAAAAAUAUUAAAGCUGCAGAUUCUUCGUUCAAAAUACCAUCCAUCAACAUUGCUGCCAUCAGUAGUGGAGAUACUUUGGCGUUAGUUCAACGAGUAGCAGAACAUUACACUACCACGCUGAUUGUGAACUUUUCCGAUCGGACGGAUAUUGUCGUUGAUAUUGCCGAAUUAUUCAAAGAAGAGACAGUACGUGAAAAACGAUGGUCGUUUAUACGCCCAGAUAACAUUGCUGAGGGAACUGCAACAGCACAAGUGUGUCAUGAUUCAACAGCAAGAGAGGCAUGGACUUCGAAGAAUGAUAAGAAACCCGACGAUGGCUACUACAAAUUCUUCUCUCGAAAAAUUACCAAAGCCGUGUGUAAGGGUGAAAUCGAUUUUAUAAAACAAAUUCAAAAACUUGAUAGCAACUUUUUGAACAUGUUUUUAAUAGAAAAGAAGGAUUACUACGACAUGUGCAAAUUGGUUGAAGACGGAGGGAUAUGGAAGCUUUAUGAAAAACAGAUACAUGUAGAUCGCAAACUACCAAAUGAGGAUAUGUGCUUGUUUUUAAAAAUCAUCAGACUACUUACCACACGCCCUGUGUAUGAUGAACGCAUAUUAGUUUCAGAUGAUCAUUGGAACAUCGGCUAUUGGACAUGUCCUCCUCACCAUUCAAUUGAAGAACUGAAGGAGAUGGGAGCAUCAUUACCUUUUUGGAAUUACAUGUUUCUGUGGGCAUUGGUCCUGGAACAACAAGAGGUCGCAAAAUUGUGCUUGCAGAAAGUUGAGCGUGCAACAGCGAUGACUUUGAUUGCGUCCGAUUUCUAUGCUGACUUGAGUCAGAAAUGGGAGAACAUUCCGAGGGAAGACGAAAUGCAAAAGUAUAUGGUCGAAUGGACCAAUAUAUCCAAGGGAAUCAUUGACGUAUCUUACUCGGACAAUAGAAAGAAAACGGCGUCUAUGCUCUUACAAAAGCUGCCGUACUGGGACAAUAACUCUUGCAUAGAGUUGGCUUUCCAUUCUGCAAAGCAGGACAUUAUUGCGCGGGACAAUAACUCGAGCAUAAAAUUGGACAAGCACUCUAAAAAAUAUGACAUUAUUGCACAUCCUGCCUGUCAGAGGGCGUUUGAUUCCUUCUGGGAGAUGGGUCUACAUGGAAAGAAAUCGUCAAUAAUGUUUGCGAUGUGUAUUAUCUUCCCAGUACUGGCAGGACUUUUGGAAUUUAAUUCAACAGACAGUGUUAAAGAAAAAAUCAGGAAAUGUUUCUUUAUGUCAAAAACGAAAUUUAUAUACACCAUGAUAUGGUAUUUUGCGUUUUUGAUUCUCUUCGCCUACGUACUCGUGUUUGAACUCGGAGACACUGUGACGACCACUCAAUACGUAUUGUUAGCAUGGGUGGUGACUAUGCUUCUGGAAGAAAUCAGACAGAUGGCACGACACCAUAUGAAAUACUUCACGAACGGAUGGAAUGUUCUGGACAUCCUCACGAUCGUUCUGUUUUCAAUUGGAUUCGGCUUACGAUAUACUGACCAUUUGAAUGCGUCACGAGUCGUGCUUGCUAUAGACUUUGUGACUUUCGUUUUGCGCCUGAAUCAUAUAUUUUAUGUCCACAAUAUCCUUGGUCCUAAACUAAAAAUGAUUCGCCAAAUGUUUCGGGAUCUGCUGUACUUUUUGGUAAUCAUGGCAGUGUUCUUCUUCUCCUACGCCAUCUCAUCGUAUGCCAUCCUCUACCCGGAUUCACCAUUCACUUGGGAAACUGUGAGACAAAUACUUAGAAGACCUUAUUGGCACCUUUACGGGGAAUUGUUCUUGGAAGAAACGGAGGGGUUGACCGACUGCACGCUUGAUUCUGUUUUGUGGACAAACGGAACGUAUCCACGUUGCCCGAGCGAAACUGGAAAGAUUGUAGUACCCAUUAUGAUGGCGAUUUACCUGCUUGUUUCCAAUAUUCUUCUUCUCAACCUUCUGAUCGCAAUGUUUAGUGUCAUGUAG